AGGCUGAUGGUACACUAUUAUCGUUGUUUAGUAACUGACUGACUUUUGUGCUGGUUGGUGCUGCUGGUGCUGCUGCUGCUGGUGCUGCUGCUGGUGCUGCUGCUGGUACUGCUGCUGCUGGUGCUGCUGCUGGUGCUGCUGCUGGUACUGCUGCUGCUGGUGCUGCUGCUGGUGCUGCUGCUGGUGCUGCUGCUGGUGCUCUCCACCACAUGAGAUCGAACACCAGUCCUCCAAUGUAUUAGCCGAGGCCGCUACCAACUGAGCCACGAAGAUACAACCUCACUCCCCGAAUAAACCACACAUUAUUCUCCAUUAAUAACUCAACGGUUAAUUUCCCGAGUCACAGAGGACAGUCAAGAUGAUCGUUGAGGUGUUGCUGUUAGUGUUGCUGGCUCUCCUAGUUGUGUAUUACUUCCACCAGUACCCUGUCAAGAAUCUUCCUCCAG